AUGCCUCCACCGAGGAUCGCACAAGCGCUGAUGCGCACAAGAGUCCAACAACCAUACCGCUGCCUGCGAAGCGUAGGACCCUUCCGCUAUGCCUCCACCACCUCCGAGCAGUCCUCCGAACCCAUCGUACCAUGGAAAACACCACAUAGCAUAACAUCAUGGCCACCGGAGAGGCUAAUUCCCCCUCCGAAAGAAGGCGAACUGCUCCUUGAGCGCAAACCAAAUCGCGACCUCCCGCCAGUCCCACCCUUCAUACCCACCCAAGUCCGCAACACGUUCCCCAUCUUCGUCCUCACCAUAGUCGUCUCGGCCCUGGCCUUCUUCAACUACCAAAAGCAAGAGUCGUCCGUCGUAUCCUCCACCCUGUACGCCCUCCGCACGAACGCCGAGGUCCGCGACGAACUGGGCGACGAAAUCUACUUCGCGUCAAAGUAUCCCUGGAUCAAGGGCGAGAUCAACCAGGUGCACGGAAGGAUCGACAUCAGCUUCUGGGUGAAGGGUACGAAGCGGGAGGGCCAGGUCAAGCUAAGGUGUAGGAGGAGGGGCAGGGCUGGGUACUUCGUUACGCAGGAGUAUACGCUGACGAUGGAUGAUGGGAGAGUCUUGCAGCUUUAUGAUCCCGAGGGCAAUGCGGUGGAUCCGUUCCAGGAUCCUUUGAGUGGAUAAGUGGAAGGCAGUGGACGGUGGUGCGAUUGUAGGGGCAGUGCAUGAAAAGAUGUUUAGGGAAUGCCGUCUUGUGCCUCUCUUGGAGGAUAAAACUGUAUGAUUAUAGAACGCGUAGCAUGGCAUCAGAAGGUUGUUAGAGUUUGUACAUAUACUUGUAUGAGACAUGUUCACAAAUCGACUUUGGAUAAGAAUCUGCAAUCUGAU